AUGUCCCUCAAAGACCAGACCGUCCUCAUUACCGGUGCCUCCAUGGGCAUAGGCGCAGCCAUUGCACGGCGCCUGGCCCAAGAAUCUGCGACACUGAUUCUCUUCGCGCGCUCAAGCGACAAACUCAGUGCUCUUUCCACAGAGCUACAAGCGCAGCAUCCAGGCCUCAACGUCUACACCACAGCCGUCGACAUCCAAGACCACGCCGCGCUCAGCACCGCCAUUUCAAAUGCAGCCCAGCAAGUCUCGCACAUUGACGUCUUGAUUAACAACGCGGGCCUCGCUCUCGGCGCCCCCGCACGCUUCCCCGACCUCAAAAUCCAGGACGUCAUUACCAUGACCAACACCAAUAUCAACGGCUACAUGUUUGCCGCCUACGCGGUGCUGAAUGAGGGUAAAAUGAUGGAGCGGAAAAAAGGAACCAUUCUGAAUAUCACUAGCACAACGGGAUUAGAAGUGCCCCCGUUCCCCGGCGAGGCCGUGUAUCACGCCAGUAAAGCGUGCCAGGAGGCAUUUACAAACGUGCUGAGGACAGAACUCGUGGGCACGGAUAUCAAGGUUCUUGCGCUGCGGCCGGGGGUCGUGGCUACGAAUUUCCACGAGCUGAGAGUUGGAUAUCAAAAGGAAAGCUACGAUACGUUCAUGUCGGGCUUUGAGCCGCUGGUUGCACCCGACGUGGCGGAGGCGGCGGCGUUUAUGCUCAGUCAGAAGGACAGGGUGAGCGUUAAGGCGCUGGAUGUGGUACCAACAGCACAGAGGAGCCUGCAGGUGUUUGACCUUUCGAGCUAG